AUGUCCGAAGGCAGAAGAGUUGUUCAGCAAUUUCUUCAUUUGUCAAGACAGAGUUUGUAUAUUUACUGGGUCAUGGCCGAUGAACUCGAUGUUCUACAACAUGCAUUUAUGGUGCACCCAAUCACGGUAAACAUACUACGCACAUAUCCACAUGUAAUCGGUAUGGAUUCCACUUACAAGACCAAUCGAUACGGGGUGUCGUUCUUUGAGAUAGUAGGUGUAACACCGACAAAUCAGAAUUUCCUCGUUGGUUAUGUGUUCAUGCGCAACGAUUGCACGGCAAGCUAUCAGUGGGUUUUGCAGAGAUUAAGAGAGUUGAUUGGGUAUGAUAAAGAACCAUCGGUAUUUUUGUCUGACCGUGAACUUGGCCUCUGUUCUUUGGAUACCGUAUGGGCCCGAGUACAUUGUCAUAUUGGUAAUCAGAUCAUUGAAAUUUGUAAUGGUUUGGAGGCAUCAAGAUCGAAAAUUGGUGAGAAGUACAGACAAUUACCACUGUCACGUAUAAAUGGAAAAGUGUCUCAACAUUGUUUGAAAAUUCUGGAUGAUGAGACGACAAGGAUGAGGGAGUUGAGUUACCAGGUGUAUGAGCAUUGUGGAUGUGCAAUGCGUGUGACCCAUGGUUUACCAUGUGCUUUCCAGAUACAUGAUUCGCUAGUUGCACAGUCAGGCUUGUAUAUCAGGCAAAUUCAUCCAUUCUGGAAGACCUUGGUUAUUGGUGAUGGUGUUGAUAUACCCGUGUUCGUUGACGAUUCAACAGAGGAAGCUGCACAUUUUCGUUCCCUGGUUGAUGAGGUCAUUGGUAGUGAUCCUGCUAUACUUCGAAAUGUAUCUCGCAUCAUUGAAGAGGAGUUGCAUCCACAUCAUACAAACCUUGAAGAACCACAUGUAAACCACAAUGUUCGAGGUCGACGAAGGAAUAAUGAUACCAAGCGUGAUCCCUAUAAUUUCGAGCAUGUAAACCGUCGAAAUAGUCAACGUGGUACACAACAAACAGGUACGACCUCAGGACCGAUAGUGCCUUACAUCACGGCAUGGAAGGAUGUCAUUGGUAAUGGAAACUGUGGCUUUCGUUGUGUGGCUGACUUCUUCUUUGGUGAUCAAGCACAAUGGUUUACCGCUCGGGAAACAAUAGCAAACGAGGUCGCCGCUUAUCCAAUGUUGUACGAAAGGAUUUACGGGAUUGGAAGAGUUGGGUUGAAUAUAGAACGUAUUCGAUGGGAUGGUGGGGCGGUUGAUAUGCGACGUUGGAUGUAG